AUGCUCUCCAGCCAUCAGCCGACGGACAUACAGGCCACAAUCUCUGGAAUCACCACCUUGGGACAAAAGCGUGCAUGGCAGCAGGCACUGGGCCGGCUCUGCCAGGCAGAGGGCCACCCAUGCGCCAUCGCCGCGUGGACCAGCUGCAUCACAGCCUGCAAGGGCGGUGGGCGAUGGCAGAUUGCUUUAGGGCUGCACGCUGCCAUGAUGCGCAGCGGCCUCGAGGCGAGUGUCGUGAGCUACGGAAGCACCGUGUCGGCGCUUGCCGCCGAUGCGCAGUGGGUCUGGGUGUUGAGGGCUUUGGAAGACAUGGCCUCCUGUCAACUUCAGCCGAACGUGGUGGUUCUCAACUCUGCCAUUCGCUCGUGCCAAGAGUGGGCUGUUGCAAUCGCGCUUUUGGCUGACCUGCAGCAGAGCUUGCGGGCGGAUGCAAUAAGCUUCAAUGCUGCCAUUGCUGCUAGCGCAGACAACUGGGAAGUGGCAGUCGCAAUUCUUCAGCAGAUGCAGGAGGCCUCUGUCCUGCAGGACGUGGUUACGUACACGGGCAUCAUUAAGGCCUGCGGCCGCCGCAUCCAGUGGCAGGCGGCGUUGGAAGUGCUAGACCACAUGCAGGGCAAAGGCGUUGAAAGAGACCUGCAUUGCCUGAACUGCGUCCUGAAUGCCUGCGAGGGUGGAGACAGGUGGGAUGCCUCAUUGCAGCUGCUGCAUGACAUGAUCCUCAUGCAACUUCGACCGGACGACACGACUUGCGGAACUGCCAUCUCUGCGUGUGGCAAAGCCGGGCGUUGGCAGCAUGCUCUUGCGCUCUUUGCGGACAUGCCUCACCACAGUGCCCGGAGGAGCGUGUUUUCGCACACAGCGGCGGUGUCAGCUUGUGCGAAAGUCGGGCGAUGGGACCUGGCCCUGAGCAUAAUGGCACGGAUGCAAGAGACAUCUACGACACCCAACUCCGUGACAAUGGGUGCAGUGAUCACGGCGUUUGCAAACUCUGCAUCCUGGGACAGGGCUUUGUCCAUGCUAGCAGAGUGCAGGCGCGGGCUUCCACCGGUUGCUCUGAGUGUGGUAUGCUUCAAUGCCGCCAUCUUGGCAUGCCACCAUGCUGGUCAGUGGCAGUACGCCAUCCACGUGUUGGGCGACAUUGAACCAGAUGCAAUGCCUGACAUCGCCAGCCAGAACACGGCCAUGAAAGCAUGUGGCAGCCAAUCUCAGUGGCAGCGCGUCAUUGCCAUGCUUGAGGACUGCACACGCAAAGCCUUGCAGAGCAACGAGCUGACGUACCAAGCCGUCCUGGUGGCCUGCAGCACAGCGGCGCAGUGGGAACAAUGCGUGAGUGCUUUAGCUGGCCCCAACGACUUUGGCAUAGUCAGCCACACCAUUGCCAUCGACGCGCUCCGGAACGAGGGCGGUUGGGCCAUGGCCCUGGUGCUUCUGGAAAUGGCGGAGUGCCGAGGCCUGCGGUUGGAUACCAUCAGCUGCAACGCUGCCAUGAACGCCUGCGCUGGCUCGGGGCAUUGGGCUGCUGGCCUGGCCCUCCUGGCGCGUAUGCAGGCUUCACGGAUCCGGCAAAGUGUCGCAACCCACACUUCAGCCUUGACCGCAACAGCGGUUGCAGCCUGCUGGGAGGUUGCGCUGAUGCUUCUGACCGAGUUCCGGUCUGGGUCAGAUGCCAGCACGGCUGUCUACAAUGCAGCGCUAAGUGCUAUGGAGAACAUCGGUUGCUGGGAGCACGCCCUCACGGUUCUCAAUGCAAUGGAGUCGGAAGGCGUGCAGCUUGAUGUGCUCACAUGCAGCUCCGCAAUGAGUGCCUGUGAGAAGGGCAUGCGUUGGGAGCAUGCCUUGGCUGUCUUGUCCCUGCUGGUGCAGAGAACUUUGCAACCGGAUGCGGUCAGCUUCAACGCCGCCAUCGAGGCCUGCUCCGGCGCAGGACAGUGGCCCAUCGUCGGCGAGCUCAUGCGAUCGGCGCUGCAGUCCAGCGGGGGCUUUGCAAUCGCUGCCUACGAUCAUUCAGUGCAAGCGGGAAGUUCAGUGGACUGCUUCAAGCACUUGGUACUGAUUCUCCUACUGCAGCAUAUGGUCAGAGACGGUAGCCCCUUUGCAUUCAUCGACACACAUGCUGGCAGAGGUGUGUACGACCUCACCGCGGAAGUUCCAAUGCUCAAACACACCUCCAAGUGGGGAGUUCAGCGCCUGGGGGAGCACCUGUCUUCCUCCGAUGGCGUUUUGGAUGCCUUCCAUCGGACGCAGCGCGGGUUCCAGGGCAACGAAGGGGCGCUGCGGCAGUAUCUCGGCUCGCCGGCCAUUGCGCUACACUGGCUUCGGCCCCAAGACCACGGCCUCUUCUUCGAGCUCUCUGAGCCCACCUUUGCAGACCUAGAGAGGGGCUUACGCGGCCUGGACACGUCUGGAGUGGAGCUGCGCUGCGCGAAUUCAUAUGCCUGGAUCCUGGACAACCUUUCCGAUGCCUUGCUUCCUCCAAGAAGGCUCAUCUUCACGGAUCCGCCAUACGAGCCCUACGAUGUCUCUAUGGCUUGCAACUUGCUUUUGCUGGAGCAGGCACAUGAAGCCUGCUGCGUGGUGUGGUACCCAUUGCUGGAUGGCGUCGACCCCGCGCCCUUCUACCGCCGGGCUGCAGAGCUGACCAAGGGCGAUGCGCUGGUUGUGGAGUUUGGUUUCGAGACGUCCGAAUCCACUUCGCUGCAAAGCUCCGGAAUUCUCGUGGCCCACCCGCCGCACGGCAAGCGCUUGCCCAUGGCGACGGAUGCGGCGGAUAGCCGAACUGUUGAGCUGAACGACAUGGCCGAGGGCACCGAGGUUCAGCGCCAAUCGAGCGAUGCGGAAGCCGUUUGCUGGAUCUGCAGAGACCCGGACAGGGCCGAGCCUUUGGUGGCUCCAUGUCGCUGCCGUGGCAGCAUGCGUGGGGUACAUGCGAGUUGCAUCGAGUCGUGGGUCGCAGCACGCACACAGCAGAGGAUGCGCUCGGAGAUGCAGGGCGGGGAUAGUGCUCAGCCAAGAAUCUGCUGCGACCUGUGCGGCGAGCCCUACCAGGCUGAACAUCAGCCUGCAAACUUCUGCGAAUGUGUGAAGGCCCAUUGUCGCGGCUGCAUAGAGGAGCUGCGCACAGAGUCGGGACUCAGCGCGCGACAGGUGCUGCUGGCGAUUCCCCUCGGUGCGUGGAUGCUCUUUGUUCUCUUGGCCAUCUCUGAGCUGGUGGCUGGCGUCUUGCUGCAGGCAUGCCGGAGGAGCUCGUGUUGGGUAGCAGUGUCCGUGACGGCCGUCUGCCUGGCAACGUUGCUGUUCGAGAUGGUGAUCGUCUUGGCGUCCUUUCCUUGUUCGGGGACGCCACCCAGCUGCACGGCCCUGCGGCCUUUCCACAUCCCUGCCACCGACCCGAACUCGCAGGCUGUCGUGCUUCUUCUGUGGCUUCAUUUGUGGAUGGCGCCGCUGAUCUCCGCCCUUUGCGGCUGCCUUAUCCGGAUCGCCUCCAUUGGCCCCAAGGUCGCGCCCGUCGCCUGGUGGCUUGUGGGGAUCUUGGCGGUGCCGCCUCUGAUACCCCUUGUGAAACAUACCUGCGUCACUUUGCGUGGCUGCUCCUGGCAGCAGAUGGCUAGCACCUGCUCCGCUUCUGCGCAGGCGGUGCGACAUCGCUGCAGAGAGUGCUGCUCGAGCAGAAGCCUUCGGCUUGUCUGCGGUCUCCUGCGGCUGAUUUCGAGCCCAUCGCUACCAUGGGUUCACAUCUGCUUGGCGGUUCCUUUCGGCAUUGCCUGGUUCUGCUCGGCACCGCCCAGCGCGCGCUACUGGGUUCUCGGCACGACUGGUGGCCUUGGAUGCGCUGCCGCUGCAUUUGCCUGGUUGCAGCUCUGCUUCAAAGGCCCUCUUCACGAUGACUACCUCUGUCCCUACGAGGCCUCAGUUCGAAUGCACGCGGGCUGGCUCCUUGCCUUUGUCAUGCUGCUCUACGCUGCUUUCAGUGUCCUCGCAGAAUGGCACUUCUUACAGCGCUCAAAGAGAGACCCCGUGAGAGCCAACGUUGCUAUCUUCGUGGUCUGGUGCGUAUGGGUGUCAUUGGUUGCCGGCCUCGCUGCUUACGCGAACUGCUACAUGCUACUGGGAUACAGUCAGACCUGGCGCAGACGGAAUGGCCGUGUACGGAUCGGAGGCGAAGCUGUUCGCGUCUAG